AUGAAAGAGUUACAACUGAUUUUCCCAACCGCUUUCACGGAAGAAGAGAUUCAAUUGAAAGCGAUCCAGGAGCGUUUGAAACAUUUGCGAAAGAUCCUCAACAAUCGAGUGGCGCCACUUGGGAGUCGAGAAGAUCGAGAAUCGCAAAAUGACAAGAACAGGGAUUUGGCGAAAAGAAAUUUCGAGCUGGCUUUGAAAACGGAGGAGUUGCGCAAGAAAAUCGCUUCUGGUGCAAUUACUUUAAAGAAAGCCGAUGACAAGAUGACUUUCAAGAGAGCGAAGAUCAGAAAUCGCAGCAGUGGAAGCUAUUCAGGAGAAGCUGGCGAAUUGGCUUCUCCUCCCGGCAUGAUGUCUCCUCCAAUCGGCUCUCCACCCAGUACCCCAUGGAGUUCCGAUGAUAAACCACCAGAGAUGGGAAAAGGAAAGAUUUUGUUCAUCAGAGGCUACGAUUUACAGGUGGAAACUCUAGAGUCAGCUUUUCGAAAGUUUGGCGAGAUUGAGAACACUCGAGUUGAGGAUCGACAAAGGGUAGCCUACAUGACUUUCAAAUCAAUGGAGGGACUCGAUGAAGUGAUUAAAGAGAUGGAUGGCAAUAUGGUUAACGGCGUCACUUUGCGAGUUUCCUACGCGAAAAAGCAAGGCACAACAACUUUCCGAAAUCCGGCCUAUAUCCCACAAAAUAAUCGCCAAACGACUCAAAGGACUCCAGAAAAGCGAGCUCAUUUCAAAAUGAGAGACGAGCAAGCGCCGGCGAUUGAAAAGUUGAUGGACAAAGAGCUACUGCCGCCGAUCCCGAAGAUCAAAUUCAAGCCGGUGCCGAAACCUCAAGCUACCGGCAACGAAUCACCGGAAGAGGGCGAGAUUGAUGAUGAGGAGAUCGAAAAAAGCGAUAAAACUGAAAAGGAAUCAGAAGCGAAGCGGGAGAUGAUGACAUACGAGAAUCCAUUCCUU